GCUGACCUCGUCACAUGAUCCGCAGCCUCGGUGAGCACAGCUCCAUUUUCUCCGUUUUUCUCUCCGGUGACUCCGUGAAUUUCGGUGAUGGCCGGUCGCGGGAAAUUGAUCGCGGUGAUCGGUGACGAGGACACGUGUACGGGCUUCCUGCUCGGCGGGAUCGGCGAGCUCAACAAGAACCGUAAACCCAACUUCCUAGUGGUGGAGAAGGACACGAGCAUCACGGAAAUAGAGGAGACCUUCAAGAGCUUCUUGUCACGUAACGACAUCGGCAUCAUCCUCAUUAACCAGUUCAUCGCCGAGAUGAUCCGUCACGCCAUCGACGCCCACAUGCAGUCCAUCCCCGCCGUGCUGGAGAUCCCGUCCAAAGAGCAUCCGUAUGACGCCUCCAAGGACUCCAUCCUGCGUCGCGCCAAGGGCAUGUUCUCCGCCGACGACUUCCGAUAGACUGUCAGAGCCCUGAACAGCGAUCAAUGAGAGCGAUCGAUAGCUGGAGCUAUGGAUUUAUUAUCUGUAUUAUCAGUGAUGAUGGAUAGUUGUCAUUCCUCCUCGUGUGUUUGUUUCUGUGAGUUAUUUAAAAAAAGAAGAAGCCGUGUGAGCGUUUGUUCCUCUGAGCUGAAAAUAUAAAUAUCUGCUGAUCCCUCACGACAAAAAGAGGAAUAAUGGAACCUGUUAGUUAGUUAGUUAGUUAG